AUGAUCGAAGCAAGUAAUAUUCCAACAGCGAGCCAAUCCAGUAAAGCCUCAAAUAGAACAAAUGGCAAUGAAGAAAUUGCAAAGCCAGCAGAGAAUAAUCAGUUUAUAUCAAAACCUGUGACCCCUAUCAAGCCAAUUGGUAUAGCUAAAAAUGUUGUUACAGGAAAGUAUGUAUUCCCAGAUAUUAAUAAAGAAGACAUAUGGAAUGCAAGAAUGUUUCUAAAAUAUUAUGGUGUUAGAACAUUUCUUGAUAAAUACUUACCAAAUGAAUUAAACUCUUUAUAUCUGUACUUUUUAAUUAAAUUGCUUGGAUUUGAAUCAAAAGACAGAGUUUUGGUUAGAUUAAUUCAGCAACACAUUGAAAGCUCUGUAUCAGAAGAUAAUAAAUACAGCUAUACAGAUAUCGAUGAUCCAUUGGAGAAGAAAUAUACAGUGAAGUUAAUUAAAGAUUUGCAAAAGGCAAUGAAUAAAAUCCUGGCAAGUAGAAUGAGAUUACUAAAUUUCUAUAACGUAGAUCAUUUUGUUGUGGCACUGAAAGAGGCCAAAAACAUUAUUGUCUUGACUGGUGCAGGUGUCUCUACUUCUUUGGGGAUCCCUGAUUUCAGAUCAUCGGAAGGGUUUUAUUCAAGGAUUAAACAUUUAGGAUUGGAUGAUCCACAAGACGUAUUCAAUUAUGAAAUUUUUACGAAGAAUCCAUCGAUUUUUUAUUCAAUUGCAAAUUUAGUAUUACCGCCUGAAAAUAUUUAUUCUCCAUUACACAGUUUUAUCAAAAUGUUAUAUGACAAAGGAAAAUUAUUAAGAAAUUACACGCAGAAUAUAGACAAUUUAGAGUCGUAUGCAGGGAUCCCAGAAUCUAAGCUGAUUCAGUGCCAUGGUUCAUUUGCUACUGCAUCCUGUGUUACAUGCCAUUGGAAAUUACCUGGUGAAAAAAUAUUUGAAAAUAUUAGAAAAGUUGAAUUGCCUCUGUGUCCAUAUUGUUAUAAGAAGAGAAAGAAGCUAAUGGACUUGAAUUAUAAGGGUCACACUAACAUUACUGACGAUAAUAAUACUAAGGAAAAAGAUAACAGUACCACCAAUAAUAACAAUGACAGUGACAAUGACAGUGACAGUGAUGACUGGAACAUAGAUAUCGAUGAGACUAUGUUAAAAUCAUAUGGUGUAUUAAAACCGGAUAUAACAUUUUUCGGAGAAGCCUUGCCAACAAAAUUCCACAAAUCUUUGAGAGAAGACGUCAACAAGUGUGACAUGUUGAUCUGUAUAGGCACCAGUUUGAAAGUGGCACCAGUAUCAGAGAUUAUCAACAUGAUACCUGUAAAAGCCCCCCAGAUAUUAAUCAAUCGCACACCUGUGAAACAUGCAUCAUUUGACUUAUCUUUACUUGGCUUCUGUGAUGACAUAGCUACAUUAGUGGCUAAAGAAUGUGGAUGGGAUAUACCUCAUCCCGAAUGGAACAAGUAUAAAAAUAAGACUUUUACACUCAAAGAAAAGGAAAGAGGUGUUUUUAAUGUUACUGCUACAGUGUGA